UCAUUAUUCAUACGGAGUCUGUGGCGGUGGCAGUGGUGGUGUUGGUCAUUACUCGGGCGGAUCCAACAUCCACAAAAAUCAUCCGCAGCGUUCUGACGAGUUUAUGAUAGCGCAGCGCCUGCGCAACAUGAGUGGCCCAACUCUGGAUCUGGAUCCAGUCAAUGAUGGGGAGGAAAUUAAGUUCUCGGGACGCAAUCGUCUGUAUGUUGGCAACUUGGCCGGUGAAUUGCAAAGUGAGAAGGGCUUGCGUGAAUUGUUCGAGCCUUAUGGCAAAUUGGGCGAUAUCUACAUUGGUCCCGAUAAGAAGUUUGCCUUCGUUAAGGUCGAAUAUCAUGCCAAUGCCGAGAAGGCCAAGCGUGCCUUGGAUGGCACCACGGCUGCGGGGCGAGUGCUGCGUGUCCGUUUCGCAGGUAAUACAGCGAUACGUGUCAGCAAUCUGACUCCCUUCGUCUCCAAUGAGCUGCUCUAUAAGGCAUUCGAGGUUUUCGGGCCAGUGGAGCGGGCAACCAUUACGGUCGAUGAUCGUGGCAAUCAUAUGGGCGAGGGCACUGUGGAGUUUUCCAAGAAGUCGUCGGCGAACAUCUGCCUGCGCAUGUGCCAGGAAAAGUGCUUCUUCCUAACUGCUGCGCUGCGUCCGUGCAUCGUAGAGCCCAAGGAGAUCAUUGAUGAGGAUGGAUUUCCCGAGAGGUCUAUGAGCAAGACUACCCAGUUCAACAAGGAGCGCAGCUUCGGGCCACGUUUCGCUGAUCCAAAUUCCUUCGAUCAUGAAUACGGCUCCCGUUGGAAGCAGCUGCAUCAAAUGUACAAAGUCAAAAGCGCAGCUCUCAAGCGCGAAAUGAAGCUGGAGGAGGAAAAGCUAGAGGAACAAAUUGAGCUUAUUCGCUAUGAGACCGAGACUCAGCUUUUGCGUCAAGAGCUUCAGAAGCGUGAAGCAGACAAGGAACGCUUGAAAAUGGAGUGGGAAAUGCGCCAGAAGCAAUUAAUGGAGAAAGACCUGUUCGAGGAGGAGCGCCGUCAGAGCUUCCAGCUGCGUCAGGAGGCUCCGCUGAGACGUCGUCCGCAGGAGAGGCCCGUUUAUAGAUUCGAUCAGCCGAUGGGCUUUAUGGGUGGCUGUGACUAUGCGACUAUGGAAAUGGAAAGCAACCCGUUUGUGGUGUUUGAAGAUGCACCAAAUAAUAAUGAUAUCGGAUCGGCUGGACUUAAUCAGACUGGCAACUUUGGCAACAAUUUUGACGAGAAGAAUCCUAAUAUGAUUGAAGGCAAUAAUAAUAUUAACGAUAAUCCUCCAUGGUGCCGACGCUAA